AUGCCUAAUAUUUUGAAGAAAUUAUACCGCAAUUACCAGGACCACCAACACCAUUCGCAGGAGCCUUUAUCUACUUAUAAUCAAGACAAGUCAAUGGACUCAUUUCAUCAACUGCAUCCUGGUGAGCAGAUCAACCACCCUGGCCCAGCUCAAGCAGCAAUGAGUAAUACUAAUGUGAGUUCUACAACGACGGCCAAUGUCACUCAAGCUCAACAACAGGAACAGCAACAACAACAACAACAACAACAACAGCAGCAGCAGCAGCAAUUGCAACAACAAGAGCACAAUGCUCAACAGCAAGAGGUGAAGCUUCAACAGCAACAACAGCAGCACCAACAGAAUGUUCCAAAAUCUGCUGCCGAUGAAGCAAUUCAAAGAUCCUUGUUACCACAAAGAUCAACCGUAAGUAAGGGCAAAUAUUCACUAAACGACUUUAGUAUAAUGAGAACAUUAGGAACCGGUUCCUUUGGUAGAGUUCAUUUAGUAAGAUCGGUUCACAAUGGAAGAUAUUAUGCAAUCAAAGUGUUGAAAAAGCAACAAGUUGUUAAGAUGAAACAAGUUGAGCAUACAAAUGACGAACGUAAGAUGUUGAAGUUGAUUGAACAUCCUUUUUUAAUCAGAAUGUGGGGCACUUUCCAAGAUUCUAGAAACUUAUUCAUGGUGAUGGAUUAUAUUGAAGGUGGUGAAUUGUUUUCCUUGUUAAGAAAGUCUCAGAGGUUUCCCAAUCCAGUGGCCAAGUUUUAUGCUGCCGAAGUGACCUUGGCAUUGGAGUAUUUACACAGUCAUGAUAUAAUUUAUCGAGACUUGAAACCAGAAAACAUCUUGUUGGAUAAGAAUGGACAUAUAAAGAUUACCGAUUUCGGGUUUGCCAAAGAAGUCAACACUGUUACUUGGACAUUGUGUGGAACUCCAGAUUACAUUGCACCCGAAGUUAUCACCACUAAGCCAUACAACAAAUCUGUCGAUUGGUGGAGUCUUGGUGUUUUGAUUUUUGAAAUGUUGGCUGGAUACACCCCAUUUUACGAUUCGACCCCAAUGAAAACAUACGAAAAGAUAUUGGCGGGUAAGAUUCAUUAUCCAAGCUUUUUCCAACCUGAUGAAAUUGAUCUUUUAUCUAAAUUGAUAACGGCUGACUUGACGAGAAGAUUGGGCAAUUUGAUCAAUGGGCCUGCUGAUAUAAGAAAUCAUCCCUGGUUCAAGGAGGUGGUUUGGGAAAAGUUAUUGGCUAAAGAUAUCGAGACACCUUACGAACCACCCAUCACCUCUGGUGUUGGUGAUUCAUCGUUAUUUGACCAUUAUCCUGAAGAGCAACUUGACUACGGUGUACAAGGAGAGGAUCCAUACGGCCAAUACUUUCUCGAGUUUUAG